CAGCUUCAGAAAUGGAAACUGGGAGAAGAUGGAAACUGCACCUGUUAAAAACUUCACCCAGGGAGGAGCCUUUAUCAUUCUUUUCGUCAUCAACGCUGAGGGCUAUGAGGUCUAUGUGAAUGGCUUUAAGCAUUGCACAUUCAAGCAUCGCAUUCCUCUAGAUAAAGUUUCUACAUUUAACGUUCGUGGAGAUGUUUCCCUGCAAGUCUGUGGUUUAAUUGAUGGCUGGAGCACUACCCCAUCCUUUACAGAACUAAAGAAAAUCACAUCCACACAGACCUCAACCUCGUGUGUAACAUCCAUGCCUUUAGAGAUUUCACAUCCAAUCAGUAACCCAAAACUUCCCUAUGUUGGAAAAAUCCCAGGAGGGUUUAAACAAGACAUGGCUGUAUUCUUACAAGGGACUCUUCCUGCUGAGGCGAAGAGCUUUGAAAUGAAUUUUAAAACUGGAACAUCUGAUGCUGAUGACACCGCUUUUCACUACAAACCUCGCAUUGGUGAUUGUACCGUCCUGAACUCCUGCAGAAGUGGAAGCUGGGAGACAGAGGAAUCUGCUACUGAUAAACCCUUUACCAAGGGAGGAGUCUUCCAGAUAUUUGUUGCCAUUAAAUCAGACGGCUAUGAGGUCUACACAAACGGUUUAAAACACUGUACAUUCAAACAUCGUAUUCCUCUGGAGAAGGUUUCAGCAAUUACCUUUAAUGGUGAUAUUUCCUCCCUCCUCUGUGGGUUUAUUCAAAAAUGGACGUGUCCUUCUUUGUUCAUUAAAGAGAAGAAAUCUAUACUGAUGGGAAGUGGAAGCUCAACAUUUAUCCCAUUAGAGAUUUCUAAUCCAGUCAGCAACCCAGUAAGCAGUUCCUAUGUGGGUGAAAUUGCAGGAGGAAUAAAACAAGAUGUAGCUCUAGUUUUCCAAGGAACUGUUCCUGCCGAUGCAAAGAGCUUUGAAAUAAAUUUCAAAACGGGGCCAGCCGAUGGUGAUGACAUCGCUUUUCACUACAAGCCUGUUUUCGGGGCAAAUACCGCCCUGAACAGCUUCAGAAAUGGAAACUGGGAGAAGAUGGAAACUGCACCUGUUAAAAACUUCACCCAGGGAGGAGCCUUUAUCAUUCUUUUCGUCAUCAACGCUGAGGGCUAUGAGGUCUAUGUGAAUGGCUUUAAGCAUUGCACAUUCAAGCAUCGCAUUCCUCUAGAUAAAGUUUCUACAUUUAACGUUCGUGGAGAUGUUUCCCUGCAAGUCUGUGGUUUAAUUGAUGGCUGGAGCACUACCCCAUCCUUUACAGAACUAAAGAAAAUCACAUCCACACAGACCUCAACCUCGUGUGUAACAUCCAUGCCUUUAGAGAUUUCACAUCCAAUCAGUAACCCAAAACUUCCCUAUGUUGGAAAAAUCCCAGGAGGGUUUAAACAAGACAUGGCUGUAUUCUUACAAGGGACUCUUCCUGCUGAGGCGAAGAGCUUUGAAAUGAAUUUUAAAACUGGAACAUCUGAUGCUGAUGACACCGCUUUUCACUACAAACCUCGCAUUGGUGAUUGUACCGUCCUGAACUCCUGCAGAAGUGGAAGCUGGGAGACAGAGGAAUCUGCUACUGAUAAACCCUUUACCAAGGGAGGAGUCUUCCAGAUAUUUGUUGCCAUUAAAUCAGACGGCUAUGAGGUCUACACAAACGGUUUAAAACACUGUACAUUCAAACAUCGUAUUCCUCUGGAGAAGGUUUCAGCAAUUACCUUUAAUGGUGAUAUUUCCUCCCUCCUCUGUGGGUUUAUUCAAAAAUGGACGUGUCCUUCUUUGUUCAUUAAAGAGAAGAAAUCUAUACUGAUGGGAAGUGGAAGCUCAACAUUUAUCCCAUUAGAGAUUUCUAAUCCAGUCAGCAACCCAGCAGUUCCCUAUGUGGGGGAAAUUCCAGGAGGAAUAAAACAAGAUAUGGCUGUGGUUUUCCAAGGAACUGUUCCUGCAGAUGCAAAGAGUUUUGAGAUAAAUUUAAAAACGGGGCCAGCUGAAGGUGAUGACAUCGCUUUUCACUACAACCCUCGCAUUGGUAAUUAUACUGCUCUGAACACCUUCGAAAGCGGAAGCUGGGGGAAGCAGGAAAAUGCACCUGACAAACCAUUCACCAGAGGAGAAGGAUUCAUUAUUCUUUUCAUCGUUAAUGAUGAGACCUUUGAGGUCUAUGUGAAUGGCUUUAAGCAUUGGGCAUUCAAGCACCGCAUUCCUCUAGAGAAAGUUACUACAUUGAACGUUCGUGGAAAUGUUUCCCUCCAAGUCUGUGGUUUUAUUCAUAGCUGGAGGACUACUUCAUCCUUUACAGAACUAAAGAAAAUUGCAACCACACAGACCUCAACCUCGUGUGUAACAUCCAUGCCUUUAGAGAUUUCACAUCCAAUCAGUAACCCUAAACUUCCCUAUGUGGGUAAAAUCCCAGGAGGGUUUAAACAAGACAUGGCUGUAUUCUUACAGGGGACUUUUCCUGCUGAGGCAAAGAGCUUUGAAAUGAAUUUUAAAACUGGAACAUCUGAUGCUGAUGACACCGCUUUUCACUACAAACCUCGCAUUGGUGAUCGUACUGUCCUGAACUCCUGCAGAAGUGGAAAAUGGGAGACAGAGGAAACUGCUACUGAUAAACCCUUCACCAAGGGAGGAGUCUUCCAGAUAUUUGUUGCUAUUAAAUCAGACGGCUAUGAGGUCUACACAAACAGUUUAAAACACUGUACAUUCAAACAUCGUAUUCCUCUGGAGAAGGUUUCAGCAAUUACCUUUAAUGGUGAUAUUUCCUCCCUACUCUGUGGGUUUAUUGAGAAAUGGACGUGUCCUUCUUUGUUCAGCAAAGAGAAGAGAUCUGUACUGAUGGGAAGUGGAAGCUCAACAUUUAUCCCAUUAGAGAUUUCUAAUCCAGUCAGCAACCCAGCAGUUCCCUAUGUGGGUGAAAUUGCAGGAGGAAUAAAACAAGAUGUAGCUGUAGUUUUCCAAGGAACUGUUCCAGCGGAUGCAAAGAGCUUUGAAAUAAAUUUCAAAACGGGGCCAGCCGAUGGUGAUGACAUCGCUUUUCACUACAAGCCUGUUUUCGGGGCAAAGACCACCCUGAACAGCUUCAGAAAUGGAAACUGGGAGAAGAUGGAAACUGCACCUGUUAAAAACUUCACCCAGGGAGGAGCCUUUAUCAUUCUUUUCGUCAUCAACGCUGAGGGCUAUGAGGUCUAUGUGAAUGGCUUUAAGCAUUGCACAUUCAAGCAUCGCAUUCCUCUAGAUAAAGUUUCUACAUUUAACGUUCGUGGAGAUGUUUCCCUGCAAGUCUGUGGUUUAAUUGAUGGCUGGAGCACUACCCCAUCCUUUACAGAACUAAAGAAAAUCACAGCCACACAGACCUCAACCUCGUGUGUAACAUCCAUGCCUUUAGAGAUUUCACAUCCAAUCAGUAACCCAAAACUUCCCUAUGUUGGAAAAAUCCCAGGAGGGUUUAAACAAGACAUGGCUGUAUUCUUACAAGGGACUCUUCCUGCUGAGGCGAAGAGCUUUGAAAUGAAUUUUAAAACUGGAACAUCUGAUGCUGAUGACACCGCUUUUCACUACAAACCUCGCAUUGGUGAUUGUACCGUCCUGAACUCCUGCAGAAGUGGAAGCUGGGAGACAGAGGAAUCUGCUACUGAUAAACCCUUCACCAAGGGAGGAGUCUUCCAGAUAUUUGUUGCCAUUAAAUCAGACGGCUAUGAGGUCUACACAAACGGUUUAAAACACUGUACAUUCAAACAUCGUAUUCCUCUGGAGAAGGUUUCAGCAAUUACCUUUAAUGGUGAUAUUUCCUCCCUCCUCUGUGGGUUUAUUCAAAAAUGGACGUGUCCUUCUUUGUUCAUUAAAGAGAAGAAAUCUAUACUGAUGGGAAGUGGAAGCUCAACAUUUAUCCCAUUAGAGAUUUCUAAUCCAGUCAGCAACCCAGCAGUUCCCUAUGUGGGGGAAAUUCCAGGAGGAAUAAAACAAGAUAUGGCUGUGGUUUUCCAAGGAACUGUUCCUGCAGAUGCAAAGAGUUUUGAGAUAAAUUUAAAAACGGGGCCAGCUGAAGGUGAUGACAUCGCUUUUCACUACAACCCUUGCAUUGGUAAUUAUACUGCUCUGAACACCUUCGAAAGCGGAAGCUGGGGGAAGCAGGAAAAUGCACCUGACAAACCAUUCACCAGAGGAGAAGGAUUCAUUAUUCUUUUCAUCGUUAAUGAUGAGACCUUUGAGGUCUAUGUGAAUGGCUUUAAGCAUUGGGCAUUCAAGCACCGCAUUCCUCUAGAGAAAGUUACUACAUUGAACGUUCGUGGAAAUGUUUCCCUCCAAGUCUGUGGUUUUAUUCAUAGCUGGAGGACUACUUCAUCCUUUACAGAACUAAAGAAAAUUGCAACCACACAGACCUCAACCUCGUGUGUAACAUCCAUGCCUUUAGAGAUUUCACAUCCAAUCAGUAACCCUAAACUUCCCUAUGUGGGUAAAAUCCCAGGAGGGUUUAAACAAGACAUGGCUGUAUUCUUACAGGGGACUUUUCCUGCUGAGGCAAAGAGCUUUGAAAUGAAUUUUAAAACUGGAACUUCUGAUGCUGAUGACACCGCUUUUCACUACAAACCUCGCAUUGGUGAUCGUACUGUCCUGAACUCCUGCAGAAGUGGAAAAUGGGAGACAGAGGAAACUGCUACUGAUAAACCCUUCACCAAGGGAGGAGUCUUCCAGAUAUUUGUUGCCAUUAAAUCAGACGGCUAUGAGGUCUACACAAACGGUUUAAAACACUGUACAUUCAAACAUCGUAUUCCUCUGGAGAAAGUUUCAGCAAUUACUUUUAAUGGUGAUAUUUCCUCCCUACUCUGUGGGUUUAUUCAGAAAUGGACGUGUCCUUCUUUGUUCAUUAAAGAGAAGAGAUCUGUACUGAUGGGAAGUGGAAGCUCAACAUUUAUCCCAUUAGAGAUUUCUGAUCCAGUCAGCAACCCAGCAGUUCCCUAUGUGGGGGAAAUUCCAGGAGGAAUAAAACAAGAUAUGGCUGUGGUUUUUCAAGGAACUGUUCCUGCAGAUGCAAAGAGUUUUUAUAUAAAUUUUAAAACGGGGCCAGCUGAAGGUGAUGACAUCGCUUUUCACUACAAUCCUCGCAUUGGUAAUUGUACUGCUCUGAACACCCUCAAAAGCAGAAGCUGGGGGAAGCAGGAAAAUGCACCUGACAAACCCUUUACCAGAGGAGAAGGAUUCAUUAUUCUUUUUAUCAUUAAUGCUGAGGGCUAUGAGGUCUAUGUGAAUGGCUUUAAGCAUUGCGCAUUCAAGCACCGCAUUCCUCUAGAUAAAGUUAAUACAUUGAACGUUCAUGGAAAUGUUUCCCUCCAAGUCUGUGGUUUUAUUCAUAGCUGGAGCACUACUUCAUCCUUUACAGAACUAAAGAAAAUUGCAACCACACAGACCUCAACCUCGUGUGCAACAUACAAGCCUUUAGAGAUUUCACAUCCAAUCAGUAACCCUAAACUUCCCUAUGUGGGUAAAAUCCCAGGAGGGUUUAAACAAGACAUGGCUGUAUUCUUACAGGGGACUCUUCCUGCUGAGGCAAAGAGCUUUGAAAUGAAUUUUAAAACUGGAACAUCUGAUGCUGAUGACACCGCUUUUCACUACAACCCUCGCAUUGGUGAUCGUACCGCCCUGAACUGCUGUAGAAGUGGAAACUGGGAGACAGAGGAAACUGCUACUGAUAAACCCUUCACCAAGGGAGGAGUCUUCCAGAUUUUUGUUGCCAUUAAAUCAGAUGGCUAUGAGGUCUACACAAACGGUGUAAAACACUGUACAUUCAAACAUCGUAUUCCUCUGGAGAAAGUUUCAGCAAUUACCUUUAAUGGUGAUAUUUCCUCCCUCCUCUGUGGGUUUAUUCAAAAAUGGACAUGUCCUUCUUUGUUCAUUAAAGAGAAGAAAUCUGUACUGAUGGGUAGCGGAAGUGGAAAGGGUAUCCCAUUAGAGAUUUCUGAUCCAGUCAGCAACCCAGCAGUUCCAUAUGUAAGUGAAAUCCCAGGAGGGAUAAAACAAGAUUUGGCUGUAGUUUUCCAAGGAACUGUUCCUGCAGAUGCCAAGAGCUUUGAAAUAAAUUUUAAAACCGGCCCAGCUGAUGGUCAUGACAUCGCCUUUCACUACAAGCCUGUUAUUGGUGAGCAUACCGCUCUGAACAGCUUCAGAAAUGGAAGCUGGGAGACGGUGGAAACUGCAACUGAUGAACCAUUCAGGUUUGGAGGCAACUUCAUCAUUCUUUUCAUCAUCACUGCUAAUGGCUAUGAGGUCUAUGUGAAUGGCUUAAAGCAUUGCACAUUCAAGCACCGCAUUCCUCUAGAUAAAGUCUCUACAUUUAACGUUCGUGGAAAUGUUUCCCUCCAAGUCUGUGGCCUAAUUAAUAACUGGAGUACUACUUCAUCAUUUUCAGAACUAAAGAAAUCCGCAGGCACCUGGAGCUCUGCCUCGAGUUUCAAAUCAUUGCCUUCAGAGAUUUCACAGCCAGUUGUUAACCCUGCACUUCCCUAUGUGGGUAAAAUUCCAGGAGGGAUAAAUAAAGACAUGGCUUUAUUCUUCCAAGGCAGUGUUCCUACAGAUGCAAAAGGAUUUGAUAUUAAUUUCAAAACGGGUCCAGGUGACAGUGAUGACAUCGCUUUUCAGUACAACCCUCGCUUUGGUGAUCAUACUUCCCUGAACAGCUUCAGAGCUGGAAAGUGGGAUCAGGAGGAAAAUGCACCUGAUAAACCCUUCACCAAAGGAGAAGCCUUCCAAAUGAUUAUAGUCAUCAACUCUGAUGGUUAUGAGGUCUACGUGAACGGUGUAAGACAUUGCACAUUCAAGCACCGUAUUCCUCUAGAGAAAGUUUCAACACUUCGCAUUAAUGGUCAUGUGUCCCCGCUCAUAUGCGGAUUUAUUCAUAGCUGGAGUACUUCUUCAUUCUUUACAAAAAUUCAGGAAGUCAUAAUGACAACGAGCUCACAGACAAAAGUGGAAUCUGGCCCUUUAGAGAUUUCACAUCCAAUCAGCAACCCAGCACUUCCCUAUGUGGGUGAAAUACCAGGAGGUUUGAAACAAGACAUGGCUGUAUUCUUUCAAGGGUCUGUUCUACCAGAUGCUGGAAGUUUUUAUAUAAAUUUCCAAACCGGCAAAGGAGAAGGUGAUGACAUCGCUUUUCACUUUAACCCUCGCAUGGGUUAUACUACCGCCCUGAACAGCUUUAGAAGUGGAAGCUGGGGGACACAAGAAGAUGCACCCGAUAAAACCUUCGCUAAGGGAGAAGCCUUCCAAAUGAUUAUAGUCAUCAACUCUGAGGGUUAUAAGGUCUAUGUGAACGGUUUAAGAUAUUGUACGUUCAAACACCGCAUUCCUCUAGAGAAAGUUUCAACACUUCGCAUUAAUGGACAAGUUUCCCUACUCGUUUGCGGAUUUAUACAUAGUUGGAGUACUUCUUCAUUCUUUACACAACUUCAGGAAGUUGUAAUGACAGAGAGUUCACAGAUAAUGGAAUCUGGAGCUUUAGAGAUUUCACAUGCAAUCAGCAACCCAGCACUUCCCUAUGCGGGUGAAAUACCAGGAGGUUUGAAACAAGACAUGGCUGUAUUCUUCCAAGGGUCUGUUCCUCCAGAUGGCGAGAGUUUUUAUAUCAAUUUCAAAACGGGCCGAGGAGAAGGUGAUGACAUCGCUUUUCACUUUAAACCUCGCAUGGGUUGUACUACCGCCCUGAACAGCUUCAGAAAUGGAGGCUGGGAUAAGCAGGAAGAUGCACCCGAUAGUCCCUUCACAAAGGGAGGAGCCUUCCAAAUGAUUAUAGUCAUCAACUCUGAGGGAUACGAGGUCUACGUGAACGGCUUACGGCAUUGUGUGUUUAUGCACCGCCUACCUUUAGAGAAAGUUUUAGCACUUGCCAUUGAUGGACACAUUUUGCUUUCCAUAUGUGGCUUUGUUUAUAACUGGAGUAGUUCCUCCAUGUGUACAGAAAUAAUGAAAUUCCAAAGCACACAGAGUUCAACCACAACAACCGUCACACUACAGGUUUCAGAACCAAUCAGCAACCCGGUGAUUCCCUUUGAAGGAAAAAUACCGGUCAAGGUAAAGCAAGACAUGGCUGUGCUUUUUCAAGGGAAUGUUCUUGAAAAUGGAAAUAGCUUUAUUAUAGAUUUUACAACCGGGAGUAAGGACAUCGCUUUUCACUACAACCCUCGCAUUGGUAACUUCACUGCCCUGAACAACCUCAGAAACGGAAACUGGGAUACCCAAGAAAAUGCACCUGAUAAACCCUUCACCAAGGGACAAGCCUUCCAGAUUAUUGUUGUCUUUAAAUCAGAGGGCUAUGAGGUUUAUGCGAACAACAUGCGCCACUGCACAUAUAAACAUCGCAUUCCACUAGAGAACGUUUCAGCGAUUGGUGUUAAUGGAGAUGUUGCGCUUCAGCUCAUUGGCUUUAUUGAAAACUGGAAGAGUGAAUAAAUGAACAUGAGUAAGCACGUACAUGGGGAAGAAGUUCCAGAGGCUGAAAAAAAUACAUUUUGCAGCAGUCAUUUUUUUUUUGCUAUUAUUUUUAAGUAGGUAAUAAUUUAAAAAAAUAAACAAUCGAACCGACAGAGCAGCUAACAUUUAAAUCCAUAGUCUCAUAUUUCUUGUGUUAGCUUUGCUCUCUUAAAAGGAAAAAUGUUUUUCAGACUUUUAUCACAUUCCAGAGUUUUGCAAUUCAUAUUUUCAUAAUAAAUUGAAAUAACUGUUUGAUACUAUACCAUCUAUAGAUCAAAUAUUAAUUCGGAAAUUCAAGUUUGCUAUGAAGCCUGCUUGGAAACUUAACAAUAUCAGCCAAUGGGAACAGAAAAAAAAAAAUCUUUAUCUAUGCAAAACUGCGGAAUGAAGAGAUAAGGCCGUCCAGAAUCUACUUUUUAAAGUCUGGGCUGAUUUUUGUGAACGGUAGCUUGUUUGGGCAACAAUCUACAUUGGUAAAGUUUUGGUUUGUUUAAGCUUGCAUUAUGAUUCUCUAUUAGAGAACAUAAGGUGUCUUGCUAUACUUUUCAUGUGUGCUAAAGGGCAAAAAUUGGCUAAUUUAUAGUCCUGUUUUUGGUAACUUGUGGGGUAGUUUGGGGAAAACAACCUCCAUAUAUGUCAGAUCUUUUUCUUGCUUCUGGUUCAAUGGUAAUCUGUUCUGAAAUCUUUAAUUGUUUAACUGAUUUGCUGUUGAAUUUCUGUUUAUUUUCAAUAAACAAUAAGAAUCUAAAA